AUGUCCUCCCCAAGCAAAGAGAAGGGCAACGUCGAUGAUUCGCCCAAGGAUCCCAUGUGGUUCUUGAUCAACGUGAUCAUGAGCACUCAGGCCAAGAAACUCGACGGAAUCGACUGGGCAGGCCUGUGCCAGAAGAUGGAUAUCAAGAGCAAGGGAGCCGCCAUGAAGCGAUACGAGCGGCUGUUGGGUACCUACGGGCUCACCACUCACUACCUCCCCAAGCAGGGAGUGACAACCCCUGGCCCUGGCCACAAGAGCGCCGCUAGAAGCGCAAGUACCCCGACGAAGAAGCUGGGGGUCUCCAAGCGCAAGGGCCCAAGCCCAGAGAAGGAUGCAGACAAGGAGGUCUGA